UUAGUAGUUCCUUUUUCACAAACUCAGUUGAGCCAUAGACAUCGCUUGUGUCGAAAAUUUAUUAAUUUACCUAACAAGAUGAGGAUUUACAAGGAUAUUUUUACUGGUGACGAAAUGUUCUCGGACACUUACAAGAUCAAGCUCGAAAAGGAAGUCCUCUACGAGGUUUAUGGUAAAUUGGAGACACGAAGGCUGGGAGAUGUUCAAAUUGAUGGAGCCAAUCCAAGCGCUGAAGAAGCUGAUGAAGGAACUGACGAAGCCGUUGAAUCUGGUGUCGAUAUUGUCUUAAAUCACCGUCUUUGUGAAACCGGAUUCGGCGAUAAGAAACAAUUCACUGUCUACCUUAAAGAUUAUAUGAAGAAAGUCGUAGCAAAGUUAGAGGAAAAAUCACCAGACCAAGUUGAUAUCUUCAAAAAGAACAUAAAUGAUGUUAUGAAAGAUAUUCUCGGACGAUUCAAAGAUCUUCAAUUCUUCACAGGCGAGUCUAUGGAUGCUGAUGGUAUGAUCGCUAUGAUGGAAUAUCGUGAUAUCGAUGGAGUUUCAACACCUAUUUUGAUGUGCUUUAAACAUGGCUUGGAUGAAGAGAAAUUCUAAAUAAAUCAAAAUCUUACCAAAAUUUCUGAAUUUUGCUUCCAGCAUUCACAUUCAAGCUCAUCAUCCAUCAUUCAUAAUUUAUUCAUAUUUUUUAUGCUUCUUGAUUUAUCUCUCUUUCUUGAAAUGUAUGUUAGCUUCUUUCCUUUUUCCUCUAACGGACACUAGAUAAUCGAAAAAAAAACUAUUGUUUUAUUACGUUAUGAUUAUUUACUUUAUAUUAUUGUAAAAGUUAUUAAAAAGAUGUUUUAUACUCAUAUAAUCAUGAAUUAAUAAUUUUGGAGAGAACAGCGUUGUUGCUUAUAUGCAAAAAAAAAGAUAUUGUUUCUUGAGAAAAGGACAUACUGCAAGACAUGGACAGAAAAGUUAAAUCAAUUUUUAUUAUUCAAUGAAACAAUAAAAUUUGUAAGAAACGGUAAACAACUUUUUGAGCCUGUUUCAUUUUACAC